GACCAAUCGAUUUGACCCAUUCUUCUCCCUUGGGACUGCUGGACGAGUAUGGGUGUGCCAGCUUUCUACCGCUGGGUGCUGGAGAAAUAUCCGAAAUGUGUUGUGGACUGCGUGGAGAGCCGCGCCGUGGUGCUCGAGAGUGAGCGUCACUUCGAGCUUACAGACACAACAGGCCCGAACCCGAACGGCUUCGAGGUGGACAAUCUGUACGUCGAUAUGAACGGCCUGAUCCAUCCGUGCGCACACCCGGAAAAUGGCGAGGCGCCCAAAACCGAGGAGGAAAUGUACCGCCGCGUCAUGGCCUACGUGGAUCGUCUUGUGGCUGCCGUGCGUCCACGCCGCGUACUAUACCUGGCCAUCGACGGUGUCGCCCCUCGAGCCAAGAUGAACCAGCAGCGUGCGCGUCGUUUCCGCUCGGCACAGGAAGCUGAACAACGUAUGGAAGUAGAGAAGGAGGCGCUCGAGUACAUGAGCGCAUUGGGCCACAAGGUGCCCAGCAAGCAGGAGAAGCCCUGGGACUCGAACGUCAUCACACCUGGCACCAAGUUUAUGGCCAAACUGGCCAAAUAUCUGCGUUUCUACAUCCGUGAUCGCGUUAACAAUAACGCUGCAUGGAAGAGUAUUAAGGUCAUCCUAUCCGAUGCCGGUGUGCCUGGAGAGGGAGAGCACAAACUCAUGCAGUACAUCCGCGUACAGCGUUCGCAGCCUGGAUAUGACCCGAACCAGCACCAUGUGCUCCACGGUCUGGACGCCGAUCUCAUCAUGUUGGGACUAGCUACUCACGAAGUCAAGUUCUCUAUCCUACGUGAAGAAGUGCUAUUUGGCAAGCAGAAGUACGAAAGAGAGCGCCAGAAGGAGCAACAGACAGUGCUGGACGCCAAUGGAACUACACUGAACAAGAGGAAGCGUGGAGAGUUUGGCGAACACGAUGCAGACCUCGUGGCUUCAGAUCUCAAGCCUCUACAGUACCUGCACAUCGCGACACUACGCGAAUACUUACAGGUGGAGUUUGAGCCACUGUCCCGCGUGCUACCGUUCGAGUACGACUUCGAGCGAGUGAUCGACGACUUCGUGUUCCUCUGUUUCUUUGUCGGUAACGAUUUCUUGCCGCAUUUACCGUCACUGGACAUUCGUGAUGGCGCUCUGGACUUCUUGAUCUUGAUCUAUGCCAAGCUGCUGCCUGCUAUGGGCGGUUAUAUCACCGAUGGAGGUCACGUGAAUCUUUCGCGUGUUGAUGUGAUUCUCGCUGAAGUUGGACAGGUGGAAGACAUCAUUUUCCAACGUCGUGCUCUUAAACAGGCGGAGAACGAGAGGAGACGCAAGUCGCGCUUGUCGAAUGAGAAGAAGGAUCAGAUUGCUGCUGCGGCAGCCAAGGACUCAGCUGUCGAAAUACUGAAGAAACGCCGUAUUGAUAAGGAUAUCAUUGCUGCGGACAAGAAGUACGGCGGUUUGACGCCGGAAGAAGCAGUGAAAGCGCGUGUAAAAGAGAGCGUGGAGAAGAAACUGGAGCAGUACCGUGAAGAGGUUCAGGACGUCGUGCGUCUGGGUGAACCUGGUUGGAAGACUCGCUACUACAGUGACAAGCUGAAGGCUGAUGAUAUCGAGGUUGGCGGCGGUCGUGAACGCGUCUUCCACGCCUACAUUGAAGGUUUGUGCUGGGUAAUGCGAUACUAUUACACAGGUUGCGCCUCGUGGCAGUGGUUCUACCCGUUCCACUACGCCCCCUUCGCGUCCGAUUUACGCAACAUCGACCGCUUCGAGAUCAAGUUCGAAGAGGGACUUCCGUUCCAUCCGUUCGAGCAGUUGAUGGGCGUGUUCCCUGCUGGAAGUGCCCACGCUAUUCCGAAGCCGUAUCGGUGGUUAAUGUCUGAUCCCGAGUCGCCCAUUAUUGAUUUCUACCCGAAGGAAAUCCCAGUUGAUCCUAAUGGCAAGGCGAUGCCGUGGCUGUGGGUUGUUCUACUACCGUUCAUCGACGAAGAGCGGUUAUUGGAAGCCAUGAAGGAGCCGAACCAGAAGCUGACGGAAGCUGAGAAGAAGCGUAACGCGCGGUUCGGCAAGGAAGUUGUCUUCUUCCACACUAAAUGUCCGGUGUCGAAGAACCCGCCGACGACUGAGCUUGCUGAGGCUCAAGCCGACCCGAGAAUCUCUCAGUCGUUCAACGGGACGCUCAUUUACAUUGAAGCGCUCUACUUCCCCAUCGGUGGGAUCGUUCCAAGUCCAGAGAAGUCUCAGAGACACUUAGCAGACAUCCCGAACAACCAGUGCUACAGUUUCCAGUACCGCUUGCCGCCUACUCAACCACAUCUGUCGAAGAUCCUGGACGGCGCUCAACCACCCAGCCCUGUGUUGAUCACAGACAAUGACAAGCGUAUCACGAUCCCGUUCUUUGGUAAAGCCAACAUCAACAUCGUGGAUCUGGCUGGCGAUGCAUCAAACCACACGAAUGUGCGUCAGAACUACAUGUCACGUCACAACGGAGGCUCUGGAGGUCGUGGAUUCGGCGGACGUGGUAAUGGUGGACGUGGCUACGGUCAGCAGGGCUACCAGCAAGGCAAUCAGCGCUUCGCGAACAACAAUUUGAACGUAGAUCGCUACGGUGGCCCACCUCAACAACAGCAGUACAACCAGUACAUGGCCAACGGAUACGGCAAUUGGGGUUCACAGGAGCCCCGGAAUAAGCGCGGCCAGUACAGCGAUUCUUACAACCAGUACAAUGGAGGGCAGUCAUCCUAUGGCCGGCCAAGCUCGGACUACCGUGGAGGCUACAAUGGCGGCUACAACGGCGGCUACAAUGGCAAUGGCGGUCGUGGAUACCAAGGAAGCUUUGGUGGACGCGGUUACCAAGGUGGCUUUGGAGGCCGAGGAGGACGUGGCGCUCCGAUCCAGUCUGCGUUCGGAGGCAAUUUGCAGCCGGCUCAGGCGUACCCAUCGAACCACAUUGGAUCUGCUGCUCCCGCUGCUCCUGCCGGCCCGGCUCCGCGAGGUUUGGAGGCUCUGAAGGCUGGACUGCGCAGCAUGCACCAGCAACGCCAGAACAACGCCAGCGGCCCACCUCGAGGCAACCCCACCCGGUACGACCGCUAAGCUGUGUGCUCGGUAGCGAUCAUGUGCUGCCGUACUCGUAACCUGAUAGUGUAGAUUUCGCUAGGAAGAGAAGCAAAGCAAUCGAACGCUGUUCAUCUCUACAUUUUCAUGUUUGGCAUUUCUUGGAUUUUAUCAGACAAAUAUCAUGUUUGUACAUCCAAGUUGGAUGUACAGAAAAUUGCAA